AUGGAAGAAUGCCUCGGAGCACCUCUCACUGCUCUUCAAUACGAACGAGCCCUCGCUAACGGCCCCCUGAAGCACGACGACCGUGUUAAGGUCGUCAACAGACUCCGCCUUGAGGCCGACAUGCUACGACACGCGCUGAACAUGACGGUGGCCACGAUCAAUACGCUUUCACCGUUACCCGAACUUCCUCCCGAAAUAUUGGCUAUCAUCUUUUCCUUCGCGGCAGACAUCGAUCCUCACAGAAGAGUCGCGCUCGGAUGGGUGCGCGUCACACACGUCUGCAAGUCGUGGCGGGAGCUGGCCCUCAGUAUAACUUCGCUCUGGAAUCGUGAGUUGGGAAAUCAGUCGCAUCGCUCCUUCCCCACCUUUUUGGAGCGAGCGGGCGAGAACACUCCCCUUCACUUCAACCGUGAAACCGCCGCGGCUUCUGGGCUCGCUCAUGACGAACAACCCUACCAAGCGCUGCGUGAUCACUCUGGACGUGUCGCCUCUCUCAAGUGGGUCAUAGGUGCUGAUUCAUUCACCCUCGUACAAAUCUUGGCCGAUUGCCCAUUCCAUGCCCUCACACACCUCGAUCUUAAUUCGGACCUUCAUCGAGAAGCCCGAAACAUCACUGUCAUCCUAUUACUCGAAGACCUGCACCUACCAGCCCUACGCACGUUGCACCAGCAUAACAUCUUCCUGCCUAUAAGGGCUCCUGGUCUUCUUACUAUGACCAUGACCGGUUCCCCCUUCCAGCCAAUGAAUGUGCGCCAGGCCCUGGAGAAAUUUCCACUCGUCCAAAACGUUUCUAUCAGGGUCACCCACAUCAAACCUGAUCAAUCAGAGGGCGGACCGCCUCUGGAACUUGUGCAUCUCAAGCACCUCGAGCUCGCCGUGCGCGUCGGUUCGGGAUCCAUCAUGCACCGCUUUCUGUGCUCCUUGUCUGUGCCCGAUACCGCCUGCGUGACGAUCAGAAGGCUUCCGCUGGUGGAUGCCAACGACCUUUCGCCCAUCGAGGAGGCGUUUGGAAUGGCGGCCGACGAGGACGGAGAGCUGGCGCUAGCGUUCACCGGCAAAACUAUGAUCUUGUAUACGAUCCGCCGUGUGGACGAACUUCAGCUUCCCAAGGUGGCCGUAUCGUUUGACAAGGUAGCGAGCUCGACACUCGUGGAGGUAUUACGAACUGGGCUUGUAGACCAGUACCUCAAGCGAGUGACCCAUCUCAGCUUGUGGCCCUCGCCGACUUACACCUCGGAAGACUGGGCGACAAUCUUCCACCAUAUACAUGAGGUCAGGACGCUGACAUUCACGCCUCAUAUACCCCAUCAGCGAGCGUCACUGAGAGCCGUCUUCGAGGCCCUCGGCAAAGUACCCGGUUCGCAGUCCCAACCUGAACUGUCACCGUGUCCCUUGCCGAACCUCCUCAGCAUCACUCUGGAACACGACGUCCGACCAAGCAAGGCGAUUGUCUCGCUACAGGAUGACGUACUAUCCUGCCUUCAAAGCCGCGCAGAGGUUGGAGCUUUACAGCUGCAGGGGAUAUUCUUCGAGAGUUAUGAAGAAGAGGCCGUUGUCGCGGACCGCUUGCGUAGUUUGGUUAAGAGGGUUGUGUGGAAGCACUCUCGGUGA